AUGUCCGCUGAGGCAACCCAAAGGGACGAAUUUCCAACGUCAAGUCCUAACACCCACCAGAAACAGUCGGAUAAUAAAACGAUUCCUAGGCAGAACCCUCCGGAGAGAGUGGCUGCCCAAAUGGAAAGGAAAACCAAAGAUAGGAAAAGUCCUAUGUCUGAAGGACGGUCAAAGCAGACUGAACCACCUCGUAAGGAGGGGCGUCCGAAGCAAAAUAGUUCCAACCGCAGAAACCCUUCAGCGAAAGCGGCUGCAAAAAUGGAAAAUAGGGGUAAAGGUUCAAGAAAUCCUCCAUCUACAGGGUGGUCCAAUAGGACAGACUCCCGACAGAAGGAAGGACAACCGAUCCAACAGCAGGUGGUGGUCGAUGUCCACUCCCCUAGUCAAGGGCCUGCAAAGGUUGGAAAACCCUACAGGAAAAAGGGCAAAGGUCGCGAACGGUCGGACCUUGAUGCAAUCGAAAUUGCAGAGUCUUUAAAUUUUUGA